CGAGGAUUGUUUACCAAAACGCAAAUAUUGUCUGAAAUAUCGCGAAUACCAAUUGUUUUGUUGGCUUCAAUUGAGCUUUUUUUUUUUUUUUAGUUUAUAGCAGGGAACAUCGUAAACCAACCGGGCACAAAUAUUGCAGAAGAUAGUUGAGUUUUCUGCUGAAAAUGAGAGGGGGUUCCUCCUAUGGCGACAGAGACAGGGACCGUGGUGGAAGAGACAGGCCACGGUUUGGGGCCAUGAGUGGUCGCAGUGGGCCCCCACCGAUGAAGUUUGGCAAUCCGGGUGAGCGUCUGCGCAAGAAGAGGUGGAACAUGGACGAGCUCCCAAAAUUUGAAAAGAACUUCUAUGCUGAACAUCCUGAGCUCCAACAUAUGAGUCCGUUUGAAAUGGAAGAGUUUCGCAGAAAGAAGGAGAUCACUACCAGGGGAACUGGCUGUCCAAAGGCCAUCACUGCUUUUAACCAGGCUAAAUUCCCACAGUAUGUGAUGGAUGUUUUGAUGCAGCAGAACUUCAAAGAGCCAACAGCCAUCCAGUCUCAGGGCUUCCCUGUGGCCCUCAGCGGCAGGGACAUGGUGGGAAUUGCACAGACUGGCUCUGGAAAGACACUGGCUUAUCUUCUUCCUGCUAUUGUUCAUAUCAACCACCAGCCCUAUCUGGAGCGGGGAGAUGGUCCAAUAUGUCUUGUGCUGGCCCCAACCAGAGAGCUGGCUCAGCAGGUUCAGCAGGUUGCAUAUGAAUAUGGCAAGUCUUCACGGAUUAAAAGCACCUGCGUCUAUGGUGGAGCACCCAAAGGACCACAGAUUCGAGAUCUGGAGAGGGGUGUUGAGAUCUGCAUCGCCACACCUGGUCGUCUCAUUGACUUCUUGGAGUCCGGAAAAACAAACCUCAGGCGCUGCACCUACCUGGUGCUGGAUGAGGCUGACCGCAUGCUGGACAUGGGCUUCGAGCCGCAGAUUCGCAAGAUAGUUGAACAAAUCAGGCCUGAUAGACAGACUCUCAUGUGGAGUGCUACCUGGCCCAAGGAGGUUCGGCAGCUUGCUGAAGACUUCCUGAGGGACUACAUCCAGAUUAAUGUUGGCGCUCUGGAGCUUAGUGCCAACCACAACAUACUGCAGAUUGUCGAUGUCUGCAUGGAGGCUGAAAAGGACCAAAAACUUUUUCAGCUGAUGGAAGAGAUCAUGGCUGAAAAAGAGAACAAAACCAUCAUCUUUGUGGAGACAAAGAAGCGCUGUGAUGAUCUUACUCGCAGGAUGAGGCGGGACGGGUGGCCAGCGAUGUGUAUCCAUGGAGACAAAAGCCAACCGGAAAGGGACUGGGUGCUAACAGAAUUUCGGAGUGGUAAAGCUCCCAUACUGAUUGCUACUGAUGUGGCCUCUCGUGGUCUGGAUGUGGAGGAUGUCAAGUUUGUCAUCAACUAUGACUAUCCCAACUCCUCUGAGGACUACGUGCAUCGUAUUGGACGUACUGCACGCAGUACAAACAAGGGCACUGCGUACACCUUCUUCACCCCAGGGAACCUGCGGCAGGCCAGAGACCUUGUUCGGGUGUUGGCUGAGGCACGGCAGGCCAUCAACCCUAAACUGCUUCAGCUUGUUGAUUCAGGGCGUGGUGGAGGAGGGGGCGGCAGAAUGCGUUACCGUGGCAGCAGCUCCAACAACCCUAACCUCAUGUACCAGGAUGAGUGUGAUAGCCGCAUGCGCUCCGGUGGUGGUAGCAACAGUAAAGACAGCCGCAGUGGCUUCAGCCGUGAUAGUCGCAACAACCGCGAUGGAGAGCGCUCGUCUUCUUCCUACAGGGACAGAAGCCGAGAUCGCAAGGAUAGCUACAACUCUGGCUCAGAUCAGUACCAGAGCUACAGCAGAGGCGGGGGCUACAACUCCCGCAGCGGAGGCCAGUCUGGUGGAGGUCGGGAGCAGUCUAACCAGCUGCAGGGUUCAUUUGUCCAGCCUCCUCCUCCCCCUCCAUUAUCAGGGGGGCCGCAGCCUCUGAUGGCUCAGCAGUUUUCUCCACCACAGCCGCCGCUCAUGGGCUUCAUAGGGCAACCGCCUUAUGCCUUUUCCUCCCCACCACCUCCUUCAGGAGCUCCAGCUCCUCGGAAGUAAAAUUAUAAGAUAGAAGUACUGAGUUCAUUUGUAGUACUUGUAUUCAAUUGUUUUGGCAAUGUUAUUGUUUUGUCACAUCUCCAAGAGUCAGGGGUUUGAUAUGGCAUUUAUCUAAGCAGCUAAGGGCUUAUAUAUAUAUAUAUUUUCUUCUUCUUUGUAAAACACCUUUUACAUGUAGAUUUGAAAUGUUCUUAUAAAAAAUCGAACUCUUCCCCGUGAUUUUUCAACCUGGAUUGUCACUCUCUAAUGAACAGUGUCUCUCUAUAGUGUAACAUGGAGGAACAAGUCCCUUGAGUUUUCAUAUCAGUAAAAUAGUGCAUUUUAAGCUGUGUUGUUCAUCAGCCGUGGGAAGAUUUGGUUAGAAUGAAAAGUGGCUCACUCUGAGACCCUCCGUGGUACAUGAUGGAGAGGACUGGUCGUGCCAUCACAUUCCACAGUUAUGUCUUGUUUCAGUUUUAUCACCAAAAUAAUUAUCCUUCGACUCUUAUUGUUUGGGUUAGACUAAGGUUUUGAUGAGCUACAUAAUCUAAUUAGUGUAAUGAUUUUUGAUUCAGUGUCAUCAUAAGCACUGAAGAAACGAUCUCAGUUACAGUAUGGGUAUUGUCCUCUAGCUUUGAUGUCAUUGCAUAUAAAUGUUCAUUUGUUUUCUUGUGUUCUGGACUCCAGCAUUAUUUAGGUAUAGUUUGUAAUGCUUGCCUGUACGUCUUCCUAUCAUGUAGUAACUAAUAUAUUUUUAUACACUUGUAACUACUCACAUAUCCUUUUACUACACCGAUCAGUUUGUUCACAAAUUUUCAUUUUGGGCUGAAUUUUGAUGCCUGUGUCCUUUUCCUUCCAUUGUGAUCUUUUUCUAAUGUUUGCUUCAUGAAUAAAUGGAUCAAUGACUGUUAAAUGAUAUGACAAUGAUAAACUCAUUUAUACAUCA